AUGGGUUCUAAAGAUAGCAAUGAAGAUGUGGAAUACCUGAGAGCGCUUGAACUACAAAGAAAAGCCUUUGAAAGUCAAUUUGGAUCGCUGGAAGCUAUGGGAUUUGAUGACCAGACUAAGGAUUUAAAUCUUGAAUCGUCAAAUGAUGGGAGCGGGGAUGACGAUGUAUCGGACCGUGUAGAAGAUCGCAAGUUUGAUGGAGAGAACCAUGAAUCCGAUGUUGAUGAUAAUUCAGACAAUAAUAAUGAAUUUACUGGAUUUUCCGAAGAAGAAACCAAUGAACACAGUUUAUUGGUUAAACCCAAAAUGAAUAAGCCAAAAGUGAUUAAGUUUGAUGGACCAACUGAUACAUAUAUUGCCCCAUCCAAUAAGGAGAAGAAGUUAUUGAGUAGUGGGAAGACUUUAAUACAUGCAAUUGUGAAGGAGCAGGAACAAGAAGAUAGAGAUGAUAAGAAGGAUCUCAACGAAAAUUUAGAGGAAGAAAAUUUACAAAACGAUAUUGAAUUGCAACAGUUUUUAAGAGAAUCACAUCUAUUGAGUGCCUUUUCUAACGCCUCCUCCGGUGUGACAAGUGGGGUUGGUUUAACUCUAGAAGGUAUGCAUGGGAGUAAUAGUGAUACUAUUGCAUACCAAGAUGACCAAGUCAUUGGAAAGGCUAGGUCACGUACUUUAGAAAUGAGACUGAAGCAUCUUUCAAAAGUGAAUGGACAUACCAGCAAAAUAAGCAAGUUGGAGAAAGUGCCGAUACAGGUAAGGAAAGGAAUGAUUGAGAAGCAUAAAGAAAGAAUCAAGAGAUACGAACAAGACGCUGCAGAAGGUGGUAUCGUGCUUUCUAGAGUAAAGAAGGGUCAAUUUAGAAAGAUCGAAUCCACUUAUAAGAAAGAUAUUGAAAGGCGUAUUGGUGAGAGUAUAAAGAAGAAGGAUGAAGAGAGAAUGGCCAAGAGAGAACGUGGACUAAAAAUCAAUACAAUUGGUAGAUCAACUAGAAAUGGUCUAAUAGUUUCAAAAGAUGAAAUUGAACGUAUUGGUGGUGGAGGAAUGAGAGGCAGAGGCGGAUUUAGAGGUAGAGGCGGAGGGAGAGGAGGUAGAGGAGGAGGCAGAGGAGGAAGCCGUGGUGGAAGAGGUAAUAGAGGUCGCCGUUAG